AUGUCCGAAGACGAUAAAAAGAAAAAAAGACAACGCCGUCAAAGAACCCAUUUUACUAGUCAACAACUGCAGGAAUUAGAGGCAACUUUUGCCAGGAAUCGUUAUCCAGAUAUGGCAACACGUGAAGAAAUAUCGGCAUGGACAAAUCUUACAGAAGCACGAGUACGGGUCUGGUUUAAAAACCGCAGAGCAAAAUGGCGAAAACGAGAAAGAAACAUCGAACCAUUCAAGAAUGGAUUCGGAUCACAGUUCACUGGUUUCAUGCAACCACCGUUUGAUGAUGGUUUAUACACGGGUUACUCCUAUAAUAACUGGGCAGCCAAGGUACCCAGUCCAUUAGGCUCGAAAUCCUUUCCUUGGGGACUGAAUAUGAACUCACAAAUGAAUCCUCAUUUAUCAUCAGUAGUAUCAACACAACCAUUAGGAUUCUCGUCUUCCCCUAGUAAUAUAUCUAGUAUAAACUCUAUGGUUGGUAGUGUACCUAGUGUAUCUAAUAUGAACUCACCUACACCACCGUGUCCAUAUGCACCACCAGCCCCACCAUAUAUCUAUAAUCGUGAUCAAUGUUCCAACAGUAUCGCCGCUUUACGGCUCAAGGCUAAACAAUACAGCCAUUAUCCAUCAAUGAGUCCCCGUCAACCAACGUUAUCAGCUUGUCAGUAUGCUACAGUUAAUGGUGGACCAGUUUGA